GUUCACUCGCGGUUAUUAGUCGGCCGCGCGCGCUCCGGCAAGCAUGUGUCUCGCGUGACGCGCUCCACUACUUCGCGCACGUUCGAUUUCGUUGGCAAGGCGAUCGCGGCAUGGCUCCGCGCCGGCAAGGCGCCACCGGCGAGCGGGAGGCGGAGGACACUCGCGGCUGCUGCGUCCCUGGCGAGUGCCUUCGGCCGAGGGAGCCGGUGCGCAUCGAAGACGCGAUCCGCGUGCUAUGCAACAAUGACACGUGCGCCACCGGCCGGUACAUGCACAGAGAGUGCUUCGAGCAAUGGGAAGGCGGCGUGCUGGCGUAUCUGAAGUCCUGCGGCCGGGCGAGGUCGUGGUCUGAGAGGCAGCGCCACCAGAAUCUGUGGACGAAGAAGGGCUACGAUCUGGCUUUCAAAGCUUGCGGCUGCCGCUGCGGUCGCGGGCACUUGAAGAAAGAUCUGGACUGGGCACCCCCAGGAGCGGCAGUCAGAGCCGAGGACGAGAAGAAGCGACGCAGGCGAACAAGGUCCGGCCGCACGCCCGCCGCCAACGAUGGGCGCUCCCGAGCGUUCAGCCUGUCAAGUUCAGGGUCCUGCUCGCCGCCUUCCGCGCCGUCCGAGCCGUCCGCCAGCCCGACUCACGCGCCCACACACACUGUCAUGCCCAUCAAGAGAAACUCCAAACCAGAAAUCGUUUCCGACAGAAUCAGAGCUGGUGCUGGAGCGAACGGAAUAUUCUCAAGAAGACUGGACUUUUCUACUUUUAAUCUUCUGCCGAAGCACAAAGUCAACUCAUAUCAAAUAAAGAUUGAGGACGAGGGUAACCACGGCAACGACGACACGCGGCUCUUCAUCCUCUCGACCUUGGCUGGGCAGCACAAGCCGCGCGUCUCCUGUGCGCUCUGCAAGGACACGCUCCACGUCUUCGACCGGUAUCCCCUGGUCGAUGGCACCUUCUUCCUGAGCCCGAGGCAACACACCAGCAGUGCCGUUGAGGUGAAAGUGGAAGGUCGCACGCAGUACCUGACUUGCGUCUGCAUGGGCUGCUUGGAGCGCUGCGACCCAGAGCGCACGAUCCGCUGCCGGUUCUGCGGCCAGAAGUGGGAAGGAGCGUCGCUGGUGCUGGGGACCAUGUACUCGUAUGACAUCUUCAUGGCCACGCCCUGCUGCGCGGAGCGACUGAAGUGCAACAGCUGCUACAAGCCACUCCUGCACCCGCAGCAGCGGCUCAACUACUCGGACUACUCGCACCCGGUCACGUGCCCGCACUGCCGCGUGCUCGACACGCACUUCGUCAAGCCGCUGACCUACUGCUUCACCAAACGGGCGUUCCCGCUCUUCCAGCAGUGGCCAUAACAGUCGGCGGUGCCGGGGACCUCCCCCGGCACCCCCCCUGCCAGUGACCCCUGGACUGUGGCCCC